UCAAAAUAUCUUUUAAUAUAUUAUGUAUCAAUUGUAGUAAUGGGUGCAGUCACUUGAAUUGUUAGUAAAGGAUGGGGUCUCAAACAUUAGAGAUUCUGCGCCAAGGAUUUUGGGCUUCUCUAACUGGUGGUUGGUUUUUUGAUCCUCAUCAAGACAUAUUUUGUAAUACAUUCCAUAUGUAUUUGUGGUUAAUAUUGCUGCUAACACCAUUUGUAUUAUACUUGACCUGUGAAUCUACCUCAUUACCUAUGAUUUUUUAUUCAUUGAUAAUAUGCUUAGUCUUUUUUUUCAUAAAAGUUAUAAAUUACAAACUCCACAAACUUUUUGACGGAGAAGAAUUGCUUGAUAAUAAAAAUAUAAUAAAAAAACUUGAUGGUAAUGCCGAAAUUAUUGAGCUCGAUGUCUUUUCAGCUGGAGAAAAAAAUGCUAACAGUGAUGUUGAGUUUAGCAAUGUUUCUUUAAAAAAAGAAAUUGAAGAUAUUUUAGGACAAGAUAUUAGCAACGAUAAAGAUUGUAAAACUUUGUCGACACUUUCGUUGCAUGAUAUUGCAUCAAAUAGUUUAUUGGAUGAUCAACAUGCUAAUGAAAUUACUGUCGACUUUCAUCACCCAAAAUUUGUUGAAACUAACAUACAUGAAAAAAAUACUGAGGUUGAAUAUGAAGAUAUAAAAGGUUCAGAUUAUCUAACUAUCAUAAAAGAAUCAGAAGAUCAACCAACCCAAUCUACAACAGUUGAAAUAUUAAAAGAGUGUGAAAUGAAAAUAAGUUCAGAAAAUAAUCCUAUUCAGAUAGAUAAUUUGACAGUAAAAAAAUCAUUCUCAUUUAGUAGAGAUGUAGCAGUAUGUGCUUGUUGUAGCAAUUCAUCAUGGGGUGACAGUGUUUGUGCAGAAGUAAGAGAAUCAUCUUUAAAAUACUUUGAAUCUGAAAAGGAAAAAUUGCCAACAUCUGAAAAAGAGCUGGAAGUAAAAUCAGAAAAUACUUUGCCCACUUUAUUAAAAAAUAUUGAAACAGAUUUAUCAAAUGACAAGACUGUCUCUAUGCCAGCAUUAGAGGUUAAAGAAGAUAUAGGUAAUAGUCGUAGAUUUAAAGGCUACAAUGUAUAUGCAGAAAGUGUUCGCUCAAAAACUGCACAAGGAAUUUGGUUUUCAUUACCUGAAAUAGAAAACUCAUCAAUUGAAAACAUUAGUUUAUUAAAUUGUGAAGCAGCAGACUUGAAAUCUGACAAGUUUUCUGCUAUAGUUGAAGACAGCAAUAGUUCUGGACAUUUAGAUCAUAAAAAAUGUGAGGCAGAAUCUGGUAUUGAUUUAGAAGCUUUUGAUAAACCUUUUUGUAGAGUACCGAGAAGGAGUGUAUGUUAUGCAUACAAUAGUUCAAAUUCUUUUCAUAGACGAAGAAGUAAUGCUUUUUCUGAUCGCAGUUUGUCUAGAUUACAUUCUCAAGUAAGUUUCCAAACCCCCGAUAACUCUGAGAAUACUUUAGAAGAAGUAGGUACUAAUUCGAAAGGAAAAUAUGUUGCAAUGUCUCAUGAAGAUACUUCAAGUGGAGCUGUUCAUUGCUUUAGGGAUGAAUUUGGUAAUUGGUAUUCCUAUACAUUUGGAGAUGACACUGCGAGUGGUGGAUUACAAGAAAUUUUUUCAACUGAAGACUUACCAACUGAUGGACCAUCAUCUCCUAUACAAGCAAGUUUGAGAGAAAGAGCUAAACAACAGGAAAGAACAAGGGCUUUAGAAAGUAGUCAGCCUUCAACAACAAUUGAAGCUUCAGAAAAUGGUGCAACCACUUCUUGUGCACUUCCUGAUAUAGUUCCUGAUGUGACUUAUUCAUGGGAAGGUUUUCGUUCACAGCUUCAUGCAGGAUUACCAAGUAUAAAAACUGAUAUUACAAAACCAUUGGUGAACAAGUACUAUAUGCUACCUGUUAUUGGAAAUUUUUCUUUGAAAGUUUCGUUUGACCGUCUACAACUUCUUGCAAUAUUUGACAGAAAUAAAAACAUAAUGCAAAUAACUACAUCAGUAUUGCUUGCAACACUUGUGGCUGCUCUUGGUUAUCUACUUAUCACUAGAAACUACUUCUAUGACUUUUGGCUGUUUGUUAUUUGUUUUGUCAUUGCAAAGUGUCAAUUUUCGUUAUUGAAGAGUGUUCAACCAGACUCUGCAUCACCUGUUCAUGGUCACAACGCUGCCAUUGCUUUUAAUCGUGCAAUCUAUUUUUGUCUUGUCGCUAUUCUUAUUAUCGUGGCUGAUGAAGCUUCAAUGAUUAGUCCAAACUCUAUCACUUUGUACCAUAUGUCAUUGUACUCUAAGGCUACAUUGGAGUUUUCUCGUGAUCUAUUAUUAGGUUUUCUGUUGGCAUUUCCAUUAGUCUUCUUACUAGGCUUGCUUCCACAGUUUAAUACUUUUAUAAUGCACAUUUUGGAACAACUUGAUAUGCAUGUUUUUGGUGGUAGUGCUCACACAAGCUUGCAAGCUUCAUUCUUUUCAAUGUGCAGAAAUUUAUUUUUUGCUGUUUUUCUUUCAUGCUUUUGUUACUUUCCGUUAGAGUUUACACCACAAGGUACACCACGAGGUCAAAAUGUUUUAUUUUCUUUUUUUACUGGCCUUCUUGUUGCAGUCUCAUAUCAUUUGAGUCGAUCAACAAGUAAUCCUGAGGUUUUAUUGAAAUUAUUGAAAAAAAAAAUUUGUCUCAAAGAAGACCCAAACAAUCCUCUCGAAACUUAUGAUCCAUUACCUGAAAAACUGAUGCAUACUGUGACCACACGUCUUAUUCACGAUUCAAUUGCAUGUUUUUUGGUCAUUUUUAUUGUGUUUGCUGUCCAUUUAUCUACUGUGUUUACAUCAUUGAAAGAUUUAAUCUAUUUUUUGUAUACCAUUACUGGCGGGUUGGGAAUUCUUUUACAUUACUUAUUGCCACAAUUGCGUAAACAGUUACCAUGGCUUAUUUUAUCAUCACCAGUCUUGAAGUCUUAUGAGUACAGCUUGUUUGAAUGCCAAGAACAUUCAAGAAUAAUGUGGUUUGAAAAAGUUUAUGUCUGGUUUGUCAUAAUUGAAAAAAAUAUUCUUUAUCCCUUGAUAUGCAUGAGUGCAAUGACAAUUUUUGCUGAUGAACUUGCUGACAAGUUUGGCUCAAUAUUGGCAUCAGCGAUAAUAACUAUAACCAGUAUGAAGCUUCUGCGAUCAGCAUUUUCCAACACUGUUCAUCAGCACGUUGUUUUGAUUUGGACAGUUUUAUUUUUUGGAUAUGAUUACUAUGGUUAUUCAGAAACAUUUUUGAUUGAUUAUUUUAUAAUGGCAAUCUUUGUUGAAAAGAUGUUGGAGUUACACCUGAAAUUUAAGUUUAUUAUGACAUACACUGCACCCUGGCAGAUGGCUUGGGGUUCUGCGUUUCAUGCUUUUGCUCAGCCAUUUAGUGUACCUCAUUGUGGUAUGCUGUUUAUACAAAGUAUUGUUUCAACAUUUUUUUCUGCUCCAUUAAAUCCUUUUUUGGGAAGUGCUAUUUUUAUCACAUCCUAUAUGAGACCAGUUAAAUUUUGGGAAAAAGAUUACAACACAAAAAGAGUAGAUCACUCAAACACUCGAUUUUCUAUGCAAAUUGAUAGCAAUCCAGGAUCAGAUGACAAUAAUUUAAAUUCAAUAUUUUAUGAACAUCUGACACGCUCUCUUCAAAACAGUUUAUGUGGUGAUCUUCUUCUUGGAAGAUGGGGCAAAUUUGCAAGUGGAGACUGUUUUAUAAUGGCUUCUUAUAAUUUAAAUGCAUUAGUACACAUUAUUGAAGUUGGAAAUGGUUUUGUUACUUUUCAAUUGAGAGGAUUAGAAUUCCGAGGUACCUACUGUCAACAGAGGGAAGUAGAGGCAAUAACUGAAGAUGUUGAUGAUGAUAAAGGAUUUUGUUGCUUUCAGCCUGGUCAUGCAGCUAACAUGCUUUCAUUAAAUUCAUGUUUUUCUCAACAUUGGUUAGCAUGGGAAGUAGCACAAAGCAAAUACAUUGUAGAAGGUUAUAGUGUGAAUGACAAUACUGCUAGCACCAUGUUUCAGUUGUUUGACUUAAGAAAGGUUUUUGUCACCUAUUAUGUGACAUCUAUAAUUUUCUAUUGUAUACGUAAUAAAAAACUGAAGCAAUGGCUAUCAGAUUCAUCAUUAAUGGGUCAACUAAAUGAUUUAAAAUCUGCAGACUUUGUAGAUCUAGAUGCAAUAUUUCGUCCAGUUACAGAUAAAGAUUAUGACUUAACAAGUGGUGGGAUUACUCGUGAGAGAUUUUUGCAAAACUACCAUGAAUGGAUUAAAUGCUGCAAUGAAAAACGUGUCAAUGAUAAAGUUGAGGAGGACGGUGCAGAAAGUAAUCUAGUAACAUUGUGUUUUGCAUUAAGUUUGCUUGGACGUCGUCUUCUCUCGACAGCUUCAAAUAACCAAUGGAAUGCAUCGUUGAAAUCAUUUUUGCAUGGCCUUCAUUCUUUAUUUAAAGGUGACUUUCGUGUCACUGCUAUAAAAGAUGAAUGGAUCUUCUCAGAUUCAGAUUUAGCUCUGUUACGUUCUGUUGUUGCUCCGGCAGUGAGAAUGGCUUUAAAGCUGCACCAAGACCAUUUCACAUGCAUAGAUGAAUAUGAGAAUGAUAAAGUAAUGUAUGAUGCCAUUAGUCAACAUGAAGAAAAUUUUGUAAUAUGUCAUGAAGGGAACCCUGAAUGGAGACAAGCAGUCCUUCAGAACAGAUCAAAUCUGUUGGCAUUAAGGUAUGUUAUGGAUGAUGGAAAUGAUGACUAUAAAAUUAUUAUGCUGGUCAAAAGAUGUUUGAACUUUAGAGUUAUCAAGGUUAAUAAAGAGUGUGUAAGAGGACUUUGGGCUGGUCAGCUCCAAGAACUUAUAUUUUUACGUAAUCGCAACCCAGAAAGAGGUUCCAUACAAAAUGCUAAACAAGCGCUCCGUAAUAUGAUUAAUUCUUCAUGUGAUCAACCAAUAGGAUAUCCUAUUUAUGUAUCACCCUUGACUACAUCAUAUGCUGAUACAAACCCUUUCUUCUGUAAAAUAUCAGUUGGAAAUUUAAACACAAAAACUAUAAAAAGUUUUUUUGAAAGAAUUUACAGAGGUAUAAUAAAUCAGUACGCUGGGCAUUGUCACAGAAGCGGAGGUGAAUCCGAUGAAGAUAUGACAUUUCAAGAUCAAGAUGGAAAAGCAUCAACGUCAAGAGUUGUUAAAGCUGGUCGAUCAAAUAGAUUGAAUCAUCGAUCAAGUAGCUACACAUCCAUACCGACCUCUUCCAAUGAAGGUGGAAGCGGUUCAAUGACGGAAGAUUUGCGUUUGAGCAAUGUGAAAGGAAAAGCACGUCUUGUGGAUAUAACAUGUGUAACUGCAGCUCUUAGUAGCAAAGCUAAACGUGAUUUACUUUGGCCUAACAUGCAAUGGAUGCUUGAGGUUAAUCGAUGGGAUGGAUGGUACCCUCAUAAAAACAUGAUAGGUGAUAUUUUAUAUUAUUGGGAGCCAAACUCAAGUGAUCCCGAGAGGCGUUGCAAUAUUGACAAAAAAAUUUAUUUAUUGCGCAUUGAAAAUUAUAUUGUUCCUGUCACUGAGGAUGGCAUUGUUCUGCUAAGCGAUAAUCUAUUAGAAGUUAAGUUGUAAAUUCUUGUUAAAAACAUAUUGAGUCAUUAUAUAAUAAUGCAAAAUUGUGUUAUAAACCUAAAAUAACAUUAAAUUAUAAACUAUGAAAACUUUUAGUUGUAUAUUGAAUCAUUGGAAUUUGACUUAAAGUUAUUGGGAUUCCACCUAAAAUCAUUAGGAUUCGAGUUAUAAUCAUUGGAAUUUGACUUUGAAAUUUUUUUUAAUUAAAUUUUUAAUUUGAUUUUCUAUAUCAAUUAGAUAUUUAAAGUUUUUUUUCUGACGUUUGCUUUCUGACGUUUGUCAAUUAUAAUUGAUAGAUCAAAUUAGCGGUCGUCCGUAAAUUACGUCACGCAAUUUUUGACCCCCUCCCCUCUAACCUAUCGUUACAAUAUCCUAACACUAGCAACAAGUCCCGUAUGAUUCGUCACAAAACCGCUACCCCUUGUCCCCUUAGAACGUGACGUAAUUUAUGGACGACCCCUUACGAUUAUGAUCAAAAUGUUUUUAAAAAAAAAACCAUACAACUCAAACAACCAUAAGCUUUUAUAUAAAUAUAUAAUAACUUUAUUCAUUUUUUUAUUAUCAAUUAUUAUUUUAUCAGUAAAGUAACAUGAGUGUAUGAAGUUUGAAUUCUAAUUCUUAUUUUAGUUAACAUAUAUUUGUAUGAAAAUGACGAGGCUGCAUUUUUUGUCGAAUUUUUCAAUUUUUUUAAAAAGUAUCAAAAUUCUAAUUACUUUAGCGAAUCGUCGUGCGAAUUUGUUUGAAAACCACUUUGAAGAAUUUCGAAAGUGUUUUUUGACUGAAAAACAUUUUUGUAUGAAUGUUAUAAAAAUUAAAUAAUUUAUUUCAACUUUU